AUGGAUAGUGGUCAACAAAUAUGUCACGAAUGUGAUUCCCUGUUGAGAAUAGGCGGCACUUUGAAAAGACUCAACCCGUCGCAAUUGGGACUUAUAGUCAAUACGCGGCAGAAUUCCGAGUUCAAGAAAGCUGAUAAGGAGAGAUUGAAUGAUUUGCAACCUCUGGAUUACUUGACCAAGGAAAAGUUGAGCAUUUACAACCAGCUCCCCAGGAACGCCGAACCUAUGUAUCUCAAGAGCUAUUUUGAAAGUGAAGAUGAAGACGACGAUGAAGACGAUGACGAUGACGAGGAAGAAGAAGAUGACGAUGAAGAUGAGGGCGUGGAAGUGGAAGUGGAGGCGGAUGAUGACCACCACAACGCCACCGGCUCCACGUCGAAUACAAACUCGGAACUAAACUCCUAUCUAGUGGUUAAUGAAGAUGAUGUCGAUGCCUUGAAAGAACAAGCAGACGCAGACGGAGAAGCAGGAGCAGCAGGAGGAAACCUCAAGAAGCCGGAUCACGGCGAUGAGGAACAUUUUGAAAUUAAAAUCUCCAGCCGAAUCAAGACAUUGAACAAGAUAUUCAGAAUUCUUUCCAACACCCAGGAUAUAGACCAUCCUCUAAGCGUCGACUGCGCACAUUUACUACUAGAAAACUUCAAAUUGAAAUUCGAUCAAAGCCAAAAGGAGAAAGACCAGUAUUUGAGUUUCCUAAAGAAGUUGAAGAUCCAAGAUGCAAAACUCAACUUAUAUGACGAACACGGGAAUGUCAAGACCCAGUUUGAAAACCAAGAGUUGGACGACUCCCUUCAGCACUCUUUACAGGAGUUUCUGCGGCUUGGCCAAUUGGAAAGCGAACGACUACAAGAGUUGCGGCAACUAGAAAGCGACAAGUCGAAUUUGGAACAGCAAUUGGCCAAGAAUGAGGCCGAGUUGGAAGAUAUCACCACUAACCAGCUCAAUGCGAUUAUAAGACUACGAAACGAGCUCCAGUUGAACUUGAUGGAUAAACAAAACAAACUAGACCAAUUAAACGCAUCCUACCAAUUCCAAUUGAACAGAAUCGACGAGUUGCGCAGCUCCAAUGUCUACAAGAUGAUGUUUGAUAUCAAUUUGGACGAAAAGUACGGCAAGAUCAACUCCUUCCGCCUCGGGUACAAGAUUGUUUGGCCCGAGAUCAACGCGGCAUUGGGCCAGAUUGUCUUGCUCGUUGCCUUCAUCUUGAGGAGAUUGAACUUGAAACUCCCCUCGUAUAGAGUAGUGCCCAUGGGCUCGCAAUCGCACAUUGUCAAGUUCACCGAGCUGGAAAACGGCACCAAAACAAAAAAAGUUUUGAACUUGUACUCGUCAGACGAGUUUACUUUGGGAAGACUAUUCAACUUUAACAAGCUAGACGUGGCGAUGAUUGCGUUGUUGGACAUAUUGGCCAUCAUCGUCGAAAGGUUGGCUGAAAUAGAUAACGAGCUCGAAUUGCCCUACAAAAUAAGAAACGAUACGAUUGGAGGCAAGAGUAUACGUGUCACCUCAAACUCGGAGUGGACACAGGGCUGCAAGAUGCUUCUAACCAACUUGAACUGGAUCUUGACCUUUGUAGGUGUCCAUACCCACACUGAGUGA